CACUCAGGAGUGCUGCAACUUACUUGGUUGACUACGCAAUGCCUUCAUGGUGUUAUACUUAUUGCUGCUCUACAGAAAGUCCCAGAGUUCCUUGGUUACAAGGAAAUCUUGCAUAGACUGAAGUUUCUUCCUUCGUUUUGGACCUUGAUUGUCCUUGCUGUCGUUCUUCUCUCUAGGUUUGCAACAUUAUCACUUUCCUCUGAGUCGUCCUUGCAAAUGCUGAUAUUAAUCGUUUUCUCUAUGAGCUAUGUAGUGAAAAUUCUUUUAAUAGGCUUUUUGAACUACACACAGUUGAAAAUGUUAAAAUACCACCACCCGAAACGUGUUUUUUAUGUUCUAAGCAAGUUAGCACUUUUCGUUUUUGUUGUAGAAUGUGUGGUCAGUUUCGUUAUGUCUUUUAUAGCAAUGUUACUUAAAGUUGAAGAGAUUCAGAUGGGUAAAAGAGAAGAAUUGUCAGGUGUUAUGAGGACAUCUGACAUCUUACGGCAAAUAAGUGUGGCCUUCUUUCGUCUUAGGAUAUUGAGCUUUUUCUGGAAUAAACUGUUUGUUGACGACAAAAAUAUACUUUCUAACUUCGAGAACUUGCCACACCAAGCAUUUCUCCUAUGAAGGGGAGCCACGAUCAGCAACUUGAACAAUGUAAAUGAUACAGGGGAAGGUAAAAGAAAAAAAGAAGGGAAAAGAAAUAAGAGGAGAAAGCAAAGUACCUUUUCAUCCACGUAGUAGGCUUAGGAUGUUCUCCAAGUGAUCCACCACCAGAUAAGCAUGCCAAUCAGAUCAUAAAUUACCAGGAUGGAGACAAAUUUUUUUCCAAUUUAAAAAACAGUGUAGUCAUGCCUCUUUCUUUUCCUGUACUAGAGUUAAGUAAUUUUGCGCUCACGCAAGUUUAAAAACGAAAUGUUAUUUGAACCUAGCUAGUUUUCUUUCAAAGGUGUACAUUCUUAAGUAAAGCUGACUGUGGCUCUAGAAUGCAUGCCUUUAUUGCAUUUUGUAAGUAAGAGGAGUUACAAGAGUGUUCAGUCAAUAAAGCUGCAUUGACACUGUA